AAUGUGAGGUGUCAUUUCGACUUCGAUAACAAAAAAACAAAAGGGGCUCCAGGCGGUUUUUCUUUUAUACAACCUUCCGGGUUAAUAUGGAGGAAAAUGGAUGACCAAUGUGCAAUCCAAUAUGAAAGAUCACUGGGGAAAGGAGCGUAUGGAUCUGUAUUUCUCAUCAGGAACGAACUUAACGAUGAACGGUAUGCACUGAAAAGGAUAGACUUCCAAGGUAAUGAAGAAGAAUGUGUACAAGCAAGAAGGGAGGCAGAGAUUUUAUCCAAACUGAAUCAUGUGAACGUUCUCAAGUACAUUGAGUCUUUUGAAGAUGAGGAUACACUCAACAUUGUUACGGAGUUUUGUGAAGGGGGAGACUUGGAGGACUACUUACGAGAAAGGAAGGGGAGACAACUUGCAGAACAACACAUCAUUUUGUGGAUUCACCAGGUUAUAUCUGGGCUACAGUACAUUCAUGAGAAAAAAAUUUUGCACAGAGAUUUAAAGACCAAAAAUCUGUUCUUGACAGAAUGUCUGAAUAUCAAAGUUGGAGAUUUGGGUAUUGCAAAAGUUUUGGAAGGUGAGGCAGCAAAGGCAAUGACAUUUGUGGGAACUCUGACCUAUAUGAGUCCUGAGCAGUUCCAGCAUCAACCAUACAACCACAAGGCUGACAUAUGGAGUUUCGGAUGCUGUGCUUAUGAGAUGACCGCAAUGCGCAGAGCCUUCAAUAAACCUGCAUUGUUUCAUAAUGUACAAGAUAUUCAGAAUGGAAAGUUGCCAGAGUUUCCAAGUGGCUAUACUUCAUCAUUGGAAGAGCUAGUGUUCUCUAUGAUGAGGACUGAUCCAAAACAGCGCCCCAGUGCCAGCAAGUUGUUAAAGGACAGAUUACUACAGGAUGCUACAAGUUGGAAGAUACAAGAUGUGGUGGUUUUGUCUGAAAUGGAGACAAAAGGAAAACCAAAUAAAUCAGCGAGAUUACGGCGGAGGAAGGGAGUCGCUCAAGGAAAAUAUGCCAAACCUGAAAUUCGAAUGUCAAUGUCUUGGAAAGAUGUAAAGAUGGAGAUUGACAAGCAUGAACAGGAGAUGCUCAGUAAUGUUAUAGAUAAACUAGCUCAGGUCACACUGAGAAACAAUGCCAGUGAAUGUGAUGAUGAUACAAUGAGAGUAAAUGAAAGUGAGGAAAAUGAUGGAACUAUGAGGGUCAAUCGGACUGGUACCAGUGAUUACGACAACACAAUGAAAGUCAUUCAAAGAGAUACAGGUGGUUACGAUGAUACAAUGAGAGUCAAUCGGACAUAUACAGGUGAUUACGAUGAUACAAUGAGAGUCAAUCGGACAUAUACAGGUGAUUACGACGAUACAAUGAGAGUCAAACAGACAUAUACAGGUGAUAACAAUGAUACAAUGAGAGUCAAUGAUACUGGUACUUGGGGUUAUGAUGAAACCCUGCAAGAAAAUGAAAGUAAUGAUUAUGGAGAUACGUUUGUUACAGCACGCUCAGGAAAUGACACAAUGAAAACUUAUUUAAGUGAUGACACUGAGGAAUAUUAUGAUGCAUCACAAAGUUUAACAUCCGCUGUAGCGACAGAAUUGGAAACUCUUUUACAUACAAGUCCUGAAUCUUUAUCCUCACUGAAAAUAAACAUGGUGUCGAAGGAUUCACUAGAAUCACAGGGACCUGGUGGCAAUACUUUGAAAGGUGUAGAAGACAAAGUGUUAGCUAGUUUAGAUGAUACCAUAGACUUCUCUAGAAAUCCUAUAGCAGCGGCCAGAUCUGUUGUGGAAGGAUUUAAGAGGAACCUUACUCCGUUUGAUGGUGUUGAUGAAACAGAGGCAGCACCAGUACAGACACAGACGACCAGUCCUGAGAGGGGUAAGAAGAAGAGAAAGAAAGCAGGUUUCCUGGCCAAGAAAGUUGAGAGGAAGAAAAGCGAGACAACCUCCCCUGUUGGUAGUUUGACGUUUUCAGACUUGGAGAAAUAUACACCACCUGUUGACCUUGUGACCUUGUACACACAUGCUCAGAAAGCCACGUACAAGAAUGUCAAAGAAGGCGUUGACACCCCGGUACCUGAUACAGUUCCAAAAGAGGAAGAGGAGGAGGAACCUGUCGUAAUGAGACCCAAGCGUGCACGUUCUCGUCGCUCCGGUUAUGUUCCUUUUGAUCGAAGAAAGACAACAGAUUCCAUCAGAGGCAUUCUGGCCAUUAUGAGUGUACCCGAGAAUAAGGACAUCUGUAAUGACCCAGCUGCAAUGCUUCGAGGGGAAAUCAUAAAUGACCUGGGAAAGGAUGUUCUGGAUAAGUGUUUAGAUCUCAUGUCAAGUAUUCAGGAUGACAACAUUCUACAGGUGGUGUUACAAGAUUUGAUUGGCCCUAGGAAAUACGAGGAAUACAAAAUGCAUUUGUUCCUGCUGAGGAUGUUUGAAUUAAAUUCCAUAGCUUCAUAUUAAUUCCUUGUGAACAUUAUUGUUUCUACAAUCAUCUGGAAAAAAGGCAAUAGAAUUGAAUAAAUACUCCAGGUAUCGAAAACUUCCAAUUUGGUUAAAAUCAUACCUUGAUACGUGGCGGAGCGUAGUUUAUGGAAUGGGAGCACAGACCAAGAUAUGAUUUUCAUCAGAUUGAGAAACCUUCCAAACUUGCUGUUGAAAGCAGAAACUUUGGACAAAGUUUUACCUGCAUUUUAUUUACUAAGUCAAUGAGAAAGAACAUACUUCUACAAAAACUACUUUUUAUAAUUUAAACAGCUAAUGAAAACAGGGAGGGUCUGGUACUUUUAGAGGUUCUACUAUAAAGAGGAAGGGGAUCAUUACAUUGAUAAUUUUGGCUAGCUACAGCCUAGUUUAUAUAAGGCUUGAAUUUAUCACACAGAUCUUCCUAUUCUGAGUUGUGGAUGUACUUUAGUGAUUGAUAUAAACAAAUGUCUUUGGGGGUAUACUCCCACGAAUUGCUCUGGAAGGCAUGCGCUGGGCCUCCCGUAUGCUGUUCAGUGAGGUAGUUACUAACUACUAUAAGGAGACCCCGCCUCAAAAUGACCCUAAAUGUUCACGGGGCGAUAAACCAGGCAAAGAAGCCAAAUUGUUAAUGCCUUUUUCAGAAUUAUUUUACUUGUGUGUUCCUAUGCUUAGACCAACUUUUAUAACAUUUUUACUCCUGCUUGCCUGUUUAUUGAUGCCAUUAUAUUUAUGAUAAUGUUUUAUUAUAAAACACUGUUAAAAAAAGUGUUAACAUUUUUGUCCAGAUUGCGAAAUGUUAUUUAGGUUGUUUGACAAUAAUACAGAAAACAAAUCAUGUUCAAAACUAGCCAUUUACUUUUAUUAAUGAUCAUAGAGUCAACUUUAACGGUCGUUGUACAUAUGGCUAAUUGGCAUAUUUCUUGUAUAUUAAUAUUGCAAGUUGGUAGAAAAUAUAAGAAAAGAAUAUUUUUCAGUGGUUGUUAAUUAGAGCAAUGAAUCUUAUUGAUUCACAAAUUCCAGACCAUUUCAGUCACAUUUACCCAGAUAUCAAUUUUACUGUGAUAUCAAAACAUCCACAGAUUGAGUUUCUAAAGAUACUUAUUUGAAGCUCUGUUGUUACAGAAGUGUUGGAUUAUAUUGUAAAUACGUAUGUAAUAGAUGUGUUUAAUAGUGGGAUAUAUUUAAUCACAAGAGUGUGACUGUACUGUGUAUUUCGUGAACAUAAAUGGUUAUUCAGGUCUUGACAACUAGUCCAAGGCUAUAAUCAAACAAAAUCAUCAUGGUGUAUUAUUCAGUAGUUUACCAUGAAACCGAAUCCAUAUAAAGUCAUUGAUUACUGCAAUAUGUUAGUUUGAUGGAUUUUUAGUUAGGGAUGGGUUAAUGUAUUAAACGCAUUGCUGCUUUGGUUGUACUACCUUUGUUUUGGUGUGUCCUAGUUCCCUUCCUGCGCUGUCUUUGUUUUGGUGUGUCCUAGUUCCCUUCUUGCCCUGUCUUUGUUUUGGCGUGUCCUAGUUCCCUUCUUGUCCUGUCUUUGUUUUGGCGUGUCCUAGUUUCCCUUCUUGCCCUGUCUUUGUUUUGACGUGUCCUAGUUACAUUCUUGCCCUGUCUUUGUUUUGGUGUGUCCUGUUGUCCUACCUUUGUUUCGGUUUUUGCUGGUUCCUUUUGCCCUACCUUUGUUUCAAUGUUUCCUGGUUCCUGUUGUCCUACCUUUGUUUCAAUGUUUCCUGGUUCCUUUUGCCCUUCCUUUGUUUUGGUGUGGUCUGAUUCCUGUUGCCCUACUUUUGUUUCGGUGUGUCCUGAUUCCGUUGUUGUUAUUCCUAGACACAAUAGGUGUCCUAGAGACCCACCCACAUAGCCAAUAAGACCAUUCCACACACCUUAACGUGUGCCCGCGGUUAGGGGCGAAAUAUGAACAACUGUACAGCAGUGACAUACUCUUGAGAUAUUUUAGAUAGAUACAGCCCAUAUUAACGACCGUAAAGUGAUAGAGUAGAGUCUAUGCUGUAUACAAUCCUAGUGUGUAUUCCAUUGGUUAAACGUUACUGUAUAUGUAUUAGUUUAGUAAUUGUCAAUGAAUUACACAAGAAAUGGUGGUGGUGCUGACGCGAAUGUUUUACAUUAAAAUUAGUUAACCAGAUAGACAAAUCCUGAUUUCUAAGGUACACCAGAUGUAACAUGCCUAAUCAUGUCCGUUAGAUUAUUGUUGAUCAGAUUGCCUCAAACAUUCCAGAAUAUUUAAUUGGGAAAAAGAAAAAUUCAUUUACUCAGUUAUAUAUAAUGUGAUUUUCUUAUAUAGAUUAAUUUAUCGAUGUAUUAAACAUUGACAUAUCGAUGAAUCAUAUUUAACUUGCAAAUGAAUAAUGAAUGUACAUUUAUUUGAUUUGUAGUUAUGAUAACUGUAAAUGUUGUUAACGUGUAAGUUUUCACGUAUUGAAUACGUGACAAUGACAACGUGUAAAUGUAUUAUGGAUGUAUUUGGCGCAUUAGCAAAUUAUGGAAAUAUUAUUAAUAUGUUUGUCGUAAUGUAUAUUUGAUGAAAAAAUUGAUGAAGCCUGUAUAGAUUAAUUGCAAUUUGUUUUCGAAAGCCUUAUCUGCUUUUGGAGUAUUAAGCAUUGUGAUACAAUAUGUGCUUUUAGAAGUUCUAGGUUGAUCUCCAGUGAUAAAGUUCAAGGAUAUUUAAAUACAUGUGAAACUAGUAUAAUUACAGUGUAUAUAGGAAUGUCCGAGUGUUGUUAACUUGUUAAAGUGAUUUUAUAUGUGUGGUUAUAUAUCCCUUAAUUAUUUUUAUAUGGACUUACAACGUACCCUAUUUUAAGUGUUAUAUAAUUAGUUGAAGUAUGAUACCAUUCAUUAAAUGCUCAAAUUUACUGGAUAUGAUUGUUACUGUAUAUGGGUGAACUCUGUCUUUAUAAACACACAUACAUUUAUUUUAAAUGAUGACUACAAUGUGAUGGACUGUGUUUGAGUCAAGUGACGCCUACUUCACUGCGAGAGAUUCUCAGUCUUUGACCACGAUUAAACAAAAGUAAUACGGAAGAACUAUUCAUAAUGCCCCAGGUCUAAAGAGGAAUGUAAUUAAGUCUAAAUGGGCCGAGGUAUUUCUUUCAAUAUUUUUCCUCAAGUGGCCCUUUAUAUGAUUCGAUAGUAUUAGGUCAGAAUACACGAUUAGACCAAUCAUCCAUCAAUAUUAAGUACGAUAUCGUUUCAUACGUGCAGGGUAGAUUACUGAUGAUAAAUGGUUAGCGAUAAACAUAAACACUUAUAUUCAGAAAAUAGUUUCCUUUUAUAUCUAUGAUUUUACAUGUGUUGUGUGAAAUAUUUAAACCAAUAAGUCAUACAGGGAUUCCUCUGUAACAGUGAAACAGACAAUGCUAUUUUCAUUCCAUACACUUGGUAUAAAAUAGACAAAGUUCCUUUUGCCAUCAAAUUUUCAGCUGUGUUUAUAUUAUUUGCAAACAGUUGUCUUGACCUAAGAUCGAGUAAUUUCAGAAAAUAUAGCUGAGUAACGUAGAGGAAUACUUUUGAUAUGAUUAUUGUCGUGUUUUUACAUGUAUCAGGACGCUGGUCUCAAUGUCAAAAAAUGAGAAAUACUCUUGGGAUUUGAUCAGUUUGUUAGCAUUGACGUUGUAGAUCACAUGAAUUUGGUCUACAUUUGGUCUACAACAUUGAUGUGCAGAAUUACCCUUUGUCGAUAAAAGUAUUAAAAGCAAUAACAUUUCACAUAUUGUCUCAUUAGUACAAAGACAUUGUCCAGAAAAAUAAUUAAAAAAAAAUUUAUAACCUGACAAUACUUCUUUCUUGUCACAGUAUCCCAGAAUGUGUUUCUUUGUUAUUACAAUAUACCAUUAAGUUGUCAGGAUAUUCAGUGCCUUCCCCUGUACAGUGUCCUAUCAUGGUUUCACGUAUGAAUUCUCCAUUCAUUCAUAUCAAUUUACCAUGCGAUGAUAUAUUUGUAUGAAUUCUGGCGUACUGAUUGAAGUCAAAUUUUAAUGUAACAAAUAUUCUCCUUGUUUGCUUUCAGGAGGAUCAUCAUUACAUCGUACUUUUCAAUAUCGGGAUAACGAUGAUAAUGAUGGCAUUUUAUACUAACUGGUUACAUUCCAAAUAAAAAUAUAUUUAUGUUA